AUGUAUAGUGAUAUAGGUCUUGUUGCGGAGCUGACAUGGGAAAAUGGUCAACUUUCUAUGCAUGGCUUAGGGCUACCGCGUGUGCCGGUGAAGCCCCCCACAAGCGCCGGGAGCAAGUACACAUGGGAGAAACCUCGCGCCAGUGGCACCUUGGAAUCCAUAGUGAACCAAGCCACGAGCUUGCCGCACCGCGGAAAGCCAACGCUGAACGGAGACGGCAGCGUGUAUGGGAACUUCGUGGUGCCGUGGUUCGACCCUAACGGGAGUGCCACGGCGGCAAACACGGUGACGAUGGACGCAUUGGUGUCGUGCACGAAGCGGGAGCAGAGAAAGCAGGGCAUGGAGUCGGUUCCCAGCACGUGCAUGGUGGGGUGCUCCACACGUGUGGGGUCGUGCUGCGGCAACCAGGGCGCGAAGGGGCAGGAGAUGAGUGGGAGGGAUCAGAGUGUGAGUGGCAGUGCCACAUUCGGGAGGGAUAGCAAGCAGGUGACCCUUGACACGUGCGACAGGGAUUUUGGUGUAGCUUUCACUUCCACCUCCAUCAACUCCCUCGACAACACCAACUCCGCUAAGCCCUGCACCAAAACCACCACCGUCGACGACCAUGAUUCUGGUGAAGACGGGGACGAAGAAAAGAAAAAGAGAGGAAACGGAAAAUCUUCAGUUUCCACUAAAAGGAGUAGAGCUGCGGCCAUACAUAGCCAAUCUGAAAGGGUAAACGUUGAAUCAAUUUUGCAAGUUGCAAUGAUGAUAUUGCAACAACAAAAUCAACAAUUUGAUGUUCAUUUGGUUCAUUUUCGCAUUGGCUUUUCAGAAAAGGAGGGAUAA